CUCGUGACUCACGGUCGAUCGUCCCUUCCGGGCUGAACGACUUUCGUCCGCGCAUCCCGCUCACCGAGCUCGCCAUCGUUCGUCCGGAUCCGUUCGAACAUGUCGACAUCCCUCUUGGACUGCCCGUCGUUCCGCUCUACGAGGACGACUUUGUUGAUGCACUUCGCGCCUCGGUUGCUGUUCCUGCUGGCACCCAGUGGUCGUACCCUGCUCGACUUACGCUGUCCAAUGCACAGUACAAGGUCUACAGCGUUGCUGUUAUUGACUCGUGGAACGAGCCGGUCAAGCCACUCUCGGGCGACGAGCUUGCCCGGAGAGUCUCGUCGUGGGCGUUGAACAACUCCGGCCGCUUCCAUCUGUUCUUCAACUACCUGCUCAUGGCCGACAAAGACUCGUUGCCUUCUGCCUCGACCAUGUACGAUGCUGCCAUUGCGCUCCGUGAUCUCAUCGACACCUCGCUUGGCUACGUGGCGAACUCGGUCCUUACCCCGACGUUUGAUCAGCGUGUCACCAUGGUUGUGGCGACCCGGAAGUCAAUCUGGGACGCUCUCUCGGCGCUCAUGGCCACCUUCCAGAAGUUCAAGGCCCUCCGCGCCGAGUCGUACCUCAUUGACCACGCCCGUCGUGUCCAGCACGCCAAGUUCACGCCGCGCAUGUACGCUUUCAUCGGCGCCAAGUUGCUCAUCGCCUUCAUCCACUCGGGUGUCUUGCACUCAUCCUUCGACUUCACCAUCGAGACCUACAAGGAGUACGGUCCGCUGCUUGUUCUCGUCGCCCGCUUCAACAUGCUGGUCUGCGGCCGUCCGCCGCGUCUCUCGUCCAUCACCUCCAUGACCGCCGAGGCUCUCCGUGCCCCGCUCACCCCACGUGACGACACCACCUUGGACGCCUCGCCCAAGCCGGCUUACCCGAGCGCUGCGCUUGCUGCAUUUGAUGGUCAGGACCGCAUUGUCGCCGCCCUCAAUGAUAUUGUCUACAUCAACGUGGCGACCAAGAACAAGCGGAACGAGAACAUCGUCACCGAGCCGCUGCCGCUGUCGCGUCUCGUGGUCGAGAUGCUUCUGCGCAUGAACGCCCGAGUCCGCCAGCUCAACAUUGAUGGCAUUCUCGACUCACCGCUGGCACUGCCGCACUGGCGCAACCCCUCGCAGCGCCUCUCGGGCGACAUUGACCGCGCUGCACGAGCUGCUGGACUUGUCCACAACGCGCUGGAGGCCGCUGUCAUCGCCUACGAUGGCUCUCUCGAUGCUUACCCUGAUGUCGUUGAGGACUUUGCAGCGCUUGCCACCUCUCGUUUCAUCCGCAAGCACAUUGAUCAAGUUCUUGUCGACUCGCCGUGCGACACUGCCCUUGAUGCCAUCCUCAACCUUGGCAUGGGUCACUCCCGCGAGACCUCGGAGGUCUUCUACUCCCGGGAGCUUCGCGGUCUCACCACUGCCCGGCUUGCCGUCUACCAGCAUGUCCGCGAGACGGUGCUGGCUUCCCGCGACGGUGUCUUCUUCCGCCUGCUUUCGUCGGUGGCUCGCCCGACUGCCGACUCGGACGCGGACGCCUCGGUGGGUCUCAACUUUGACGCCGUCGCCACACCGUCAACCCCGUUAACCUCGUCGCGCUCAACGCGAGGCCGCCGCCAGCCCGACACUCCUGGCUCGGUCGCCCGUGCGGACUGGAACCGAGAGGACAAGGAGACGCUCGCCGAUCUGUUUGCCUACAUGGCCGAGCAGAACGUGCCGCCAUCGCAGCACGCCCUCCCAUGGGAGAACUAA